GUCAAGUGGUGUUUCGAAGAUAAAUGCAAAUUUCGCCGUGAUCGCCAAGAAAAACGAAGGGGUCAGACAUUUAAAGGACAAAUUCAAUCAAAGUUCGCGUUAUAAAGAAAAAGGAAGAUUAAACCCAAAGUUGAAGUUGCUGAUAAAGAAAUCGCUCUGGAAGAACUAGCGACAGAACUCAACCGUCACAUUACGCGGAAACAAACGAAGGAGAAGAACCGAACGUGGUUUAUUUGAUUAAAUCACCUCAAUUUGAAACGAAGGAAGCAGUUCGCUUUGUCAAGAUACGAAUUCCUGUUGACACUGAUUUUAGAAUGUGAGUUUCAGUCACGGCCUCCAUGCUUCAAAGUCUUGGACAGGCUGUAGGGCCUUAAUUUGAAACAGUUCUACGGCGGCCAUAUUGUUUUGAUCAGGCAAGAGAGCAUAUAGAACUGUGGUUGUUAAGGUAAAAAUUCUUUCGGACUAAACCAACUUCAACCAUAUUUCAGUUGUAAAGGAACUUUUACCAAAUUGAAAGAGGGCACCCUAAAUACACCUUGAGAAAAUUCUAGCAGGAUUUGAAAGUGGAAUUAAUCUGCCAAAACUGCCAUAAAAAUGUGUUGCUCCUGUCUGUGCAAUUGUAUCCAGGCAUUUCUUUCAAACUGCUGCAAAUGUCUCGGAAAAUUGGCCAUGGCAUGCUGUCGUGGUUUAUGUCGUUGUUUCUGCAACGCCGUCUCUCCAGGCUGUGGAUUCCUUUGUCAGAUAAUUUUGUACGCCUUUUUUCAAGGUUUCAACAUAGGCACCGAUGUUGGCGUGUUCAUGGAGACAACGGAGACUUACGCGCGCUGUGAUGAGUUGUCCACUGCGACUCUAGUCCCGCUGACUAACGAGACGAAUUUGACGCGUCCAUACUGCGUUGGCACUGAGAACGCCACGCAGGAAUUAAUAGGCGACAAAGCAGCGACGCUUCAAAUCCUUCAGAGUGUCUUCUUCUUCUUUGUGUGUCUAUCUGGAGGAAUUUACGUGGUCCACAUAGCAGUGCUCUUCCCAAAUAUGUGCAAGCACUGGAAAGACGAAAACUUCGAGAAUAUAGUACAAGAUUCUGCGCCUUAUUACCGGAAGAUACUCCAAAUUCAUACGCUGUUCCUGUUGGCCGAAACUCUUGUUCAUGAUGUGCCCAUGUCCUGCCUGGCUGUAGAGCUUUGCGCGCAGAUGUGGGGUGCUGGAGGAAUCAAUUGCUGGGAAUGUACCAUGACACCAGAUGAUCUACCCGUUAAUCCAAUGGGACUGAUUAACUGCGAGUUGUGGUUGGGUCUUUUGCUGGGCUCCAUAGCUAUUGUCAGCAUUUACAAGGGUAGGUAGAUCAAGGACAUUUCAUAUGUUAUAUUUAGGUGUGCUGAUAUGCGGCCUUUUGGGACAUCAUAGCUGCCCCAGAAACACCUGUCCAUUUGCUGAUUUUCCUUUGUUUCUGUUUAAACAAAUAAAUUUAUAAAUAAUUGAUUAAAUUAUUUCGCGAUUUGGUUACACAAUAUGUAAGUUCACAAUUAAUCUUAAUUAGAUAAACAGCAAGUUAACCUUUUAUAGCAACUGCUUCAACGUCCACUUUAGCUUUUUUUUUGUAUGAAUUUGCUGUUUUGAUGUUAAGAAAGGUCUUUGUCGAUUUUAAGUAACUUUUGUUUGGUCUAACGAAAGUGGGGAAAGUGGUAUAUCAAGGUAAUCAAAUAAAUCUUAUUUCGAAAGAGCAGCAAUUUCAUACAUUGUUUCAGGAAUACCCAACGAACUUUUUUCGCAAGCAUUAUAUUAUCUUUGUAGACUGUCAUAUUUAGAGCACACGUUUUUUGGUUUCAAAUGACAAUUAAUUUAGAGUCUUUCUUAUCAUCGUCAUUGAAACUAUUAUUAUAUUAUCAUCAUCUUACUACUCAUGUAAUGAAGGAAAGAAAAUCAACUGCUUUACGCUAAAUUGAUAUUCUCUCUUGUCUUUGAGUAAAGGUGCGUUUUGUUAUUCUUAUUUGUUUUUAUUAUUUUAGUGUUUUCUCUUCUUUAAGAGGUUUAAUGACCAGACAGCCACUAGAGCUUUCCCGCAUUACGCUCCUAUUAUCAAACAUCAAGAAAUGAGGACAAGGCUCGGUUGGACAAUUUCAUACAAAUCACUGUAUUUUGUCCACCCGAGCCUUAAGUUGCUGCCUUUGUUUACAGGAAUGUAGGAAAGGUCUCUUAGCUUCUUUUUCAAUAACCAUGAACGCUAUUUUACGCUCAGAUAGUCAACUUUACACUCUUUUAACAUUUUUUUUCAGGUAUCCUGCCGCUUUACGCCUGGAUAGGAAAUCCAUUCUGCUGGGCCUGCUACCCUCUCCGUGUCUGCGUUGUGCUUCCAGCAGGGUUCCUUUACUGUGUGCUUACUUUAGCCCCGGCGAUGGGCGUGGCCAUCAAUCGAUUGUUCAAUGUGGCACCGCAGAUGAAAGACGAAAUGGGAACUAUCGCGCAGACCAUCUGGACGUUCGGCUUGUUCUUCUGGGGUAUAAUAUUCCUAAUUACGUUCCUGUAUAGGUAUUUAUGCGGGAAGUGUAUUUGCGCUAUAUGCUGCCCUUGUGAGAAGAAAGAGGGAGGAGAGGGUAAGGAGGGUUCAGGAUGCCUUUGUUGAUUGAAAUAUUCGAACACAAGUGUCGGAGGUAACAUUUGUUUUCAGGUCGCUCUAAUCUGAACUAAAUUUGCUGUUUGAGGGGGACUUUUUGCGAAUGCAAAGGGAAAAGUUAUACUUUAAUGAACUAACACACAACAAUAAUCUCGCAAUGCUUAGGACACUUGAAAUUCCUGUUUAAGAAUGUUCAGUCGCGUCUGAACUGUUUGUCUGCGUUUAUUAUGGAAUACUGUGCUAGUUUUCAUAAUAGAGCGCUCUUAUUAACGUUACAUAUUUGUAUUUCUUUGCCUUGGGACAGUUUCUUUGUGUUAAGUGACGCGGGUUUUAAAUGGGACACAUGGUGUAAUGGCAAGCAUGCAUGCAUUCGGUAUGCUUACAUCUUAGCAAGGUUUAGAAGCUAGAAAAAUGUGGCGCUAAGUGCGACUGAGCUCCAGAUGUCAUUCUGUCACUAAAGCUGACACCUCUUAAUUAUUUU